AACAAAACAAGAUUGUAGUGAGGAAUGAGAGGCUCUUAAAAGUGGAAACUUACUGUUUGUCAGUUUACAAGAAACUGGACAAUGGCUGAUUUCAGGAACAUGGAUGUCAUCAAUUUCACUGCCUUGCCAAUGGUGCCAGUAGAUGAGCACCUGGCUGUCUCACUCACUGCACGGAAAGCAAUGAAGGAUGAUGCCAUGAGGAAGAAUCUGGAGGACAGUCCACCCUCCUGCUGCAUUGGCUCCAUACAGCAGGUGAACCAAGGGAUUGCUGAGACAGAUCUGAGUCCCAACCCACUGGUGCACAGCCUGGCAAUUGAGAAGUACGAGAUGGAGAAGAAGGCUUUAAAAGGAGAGAGAAGUCACGGCAGCUUGGGAGACAAAGAAAAGAGCGAAAGAAAAUCUCAGUAUAUUUACAAAGGCUCAGAAUCCAGGAAUGUCAAAUCUUUCAUUAUCAAAAGGAAAAUAGCAAACAAAAAUAUGCUGGCAGAGCUGUACCAGUAUGCACAGUUUGACGACUCUAAGCCAAACAACCUUCCAAAUGGAGUGGACUUCUAUGACAUGGUGGGCAAUGUGAUCCAGGCUGAGAGAAACCCCCUUAGUGGCAAGUCUUUCUGUUCAGAUAGAGAAUUAGAGCAAUUUCUCUGUUCUCCUUCUGUAAGAGCCAUGUGGCUGGAUAGCUUCUGGUGGAUCUUUCAUGAAAGGUACCAGCCAAAGAAGGAAGUCCAGAACAAGCUGUUCGACCGGAUAGCCCAGCACUACGCCUUUCUUUUGUCUUGUGAAUCCAGGUCCCACUACGAAGAGGCUCUCUUAAAAAGGUUGCCAUUACUUCUGAGUAAAGCCCUGUACACCAGCUUCUGCUGCUGCUUCCCUCAGUCCUGGUUCAACACUCACGAAUUCAAGUCUGACAUCUGUAACACGAUGAGCCUGUGGAUUUCAGGUAUAUAUCCUUGCCCACACAGCUAUAAUAGCUGGGACUACUCAAAACUGGAUCCGGAGAGAUUCCAGAGAGAAGAAUUAAUGUUGCAGAAAAAAAGUCUGCUGAAGGGAAGAGAGUUUUCUUUCCGCACUUCUAGGAGAUACUUCAGCCAGAAGUCCCCCCAGAGCAAGAAGGUCUACUGCCCUCAAUCUUCUGAUAUGAAUUCAACCAACGUGAGAACCUCUUUUGCCCAGAAGAAUUCAAUGGAUGGCUCACAAAUACAGAAUACCUCAAAAGAGCAUAAUUAUCAGACUCUGGUCUUGAGGAAAGCAACACAACAAGUCAAAAGGAUAUCUGCGGCAAGAAAACUUGAGAAUAUGCUUCCUAAGCCGUCUUACCCUGCCUGCAAAAGCCCUGAGAUGACUUCAAACCUCUUCAACAUUUAUGGGAAGAGCCCUCUGAUUGUGUACUUCCUCCUGAACUACGCCUCUCUGCAGCAGCCUGGCAGAGACGUGUUGAUGGUCAGGAGGGAAAAAAACAAGACCAUCCCUGAGUCCACCCUGACAUACGCUGAGGUCAUCAGGCUGACCCUGAGCAGCAUGAAGAAGCGGAGGGACGACCUCCACCAGCUGAACCAGUUUCACUGGAGUGAGUGGCAUCAUUUCAAUGCGUACCUGGAGGAGCUGCACAACAACUUCCUCAGGGAGAUGAAGAAUAUUGAUCAAAGAGCAAAAGACAAAAAACAGGCGAACCACAUGUUCAUCCAGCCUUCAACCUUCAUUGAGGACUCCCCUGAAAAGAAAUCUAGAAGAAGCCAUCAGAGGGAGAUUGCGUUUCUUUUGAGGUUUGUUUGA